GCUUUCCAUCUCAUUCGAAACCAGCUCCAGCGGAAAAAUUGAUCACUCCGCAUCUCUUCCUGUUUGUGAGAUAGUCGUGAACUGUGUAUCGUUGGAGGUAGCAGGAUUCUAUCGUUUAUCUUUGUCUUUAAUCUCAUAGCCUCUCAUCCGUCUUUGAUUUCGAAAAGUUGGACUUCGAGUCUUUUACAUUUGAAACGAUUUCAUUGCUCAGGAAAAGAGAAGUUCUCAAAGGUCUUUUAUUCUCAACAGCUGAAUCUACAAAAUGGCGACUGGUUUGAAACUGCUUGGGUUGCUCCUCUGCGUUGCCAUGGCAGCGGGAGAUCACCACAUGUCAACGUUGGAGGACCUGGCGGAAAUUCAGAGAGAUCUCUACCUCAAGACAUUCGAGUUCUUCAACUCGAGCGUGAGCACGGAGAUGGGCAAAAUGGUCGAGAAACUGAAGGCCCUUGAGUCAAGGCUAGACGAUGUGGAAGGAAGACUACAAGAUUAUGCUUUUAAGAUCCCUCCAUCGGAGUUGGCGUCUUCUUGCGACGCGGAGCGGGCUCUUGCUCGCCUCAACUCGUCGCUUGCGUCAUGGUACGAGCGUCUGACGCAACGCCUGGCUUCCAUAGAAGAUACCAUACGCUUCAUUGCCGUCUCAGAAACAAGUGCUGCCCGAACAGGCAACGACAAUGAAGUGCCCGUAUCCGGCGAGUUAGAGGACGGACCUGAACCGGUACCAGUAGUGAACCGGCCCGUCACCACCACCACCAGAAAGGCGACCGUGGUGAUGGAAACGGUACCCAAGCCGAGCACAGCUGAACCUUUGACUAGGAAGGCGACCACCAUGGCCAAAGAGACGACCAUGAUGGAAACGACGAUGGGAGCGAUGAUGGAAACGAUGAUGGAAACGAUGAUGGAAACGAUGAUGGAGACGACACCGAAGCCGGUCACAGCUCAGCGUUCUGAGCGUUCGACUAAGAAGGCGACCAUCAUGACCACCGAGCCGGCCCGCCCGGCCAGAACAACAACAACACGCGCCACAACCACCAGGAGAAGGAAAACUACCACCACCCCACCACCCACCACAACAACCAUGCCUCCUACCACCACACCCACCACCACUGUGCCUCCUACCACUACACCCAUCCCGACAACCACGCCCAUGCCAACCCCGCUUAACUGUGCCGAGGUGGCUCAACGAGGAGAGACUGUAUCUGGUUCGUUUCUCAUCGAUCCCAUGCAAAAUGGAAAUUCUUUCCGCGCCCAUUGUGAGCUUCCAAAAGGUGUAACGUCAAUCGGACACAAUGCGACAGCUGAGGUUCUCAACAACGGCUUUGAAGAUCCAGGAAGCUUCCAUCUCCAUCCAGCCUACGUUGCCACACUUGGCCAGAUGAAAGCACUUACAGCAGUCUCACAGAACUGCAGCCAGUUUAUCAAGUACCGAUGCAGAGCGGCUGUUCUCCUAGCUUCGGAGAAGAAGACCGGUUUACGGUACGGUUAUUGGGUCUCGGUAGAUGGGGAGCAGAUCGUCAGUUGGGGCGGUGCAGCUAUCAACAGUGGCAAGUGCGCAUGUGCGACUACAGUUGGCGGCUGCAUGAGCGACAAGAUGUGCAACUGCGACUCCAACCCGAAGAAUUACGCCGUCGAUGAGGGCCUCAUCACCGACAAGCCCUACCUCCCCGUGACCGAUGUCUGCCUCGGAGAUACAGGCAGUAAGAAGGAGGAGGGUUACGUCACACUCGGCCCCCUGCGAUGCCAGUAAAAUUUAAUCUGUCCUCGUAGCAGAUGUCAACACUACGAAGGAACGUAUACCUUACAAGCCUGAGAAUAUUGUUUUCGUGAGCUAAUCAUCUUCAUCUUCAUAUUCAUCUUCGUCAUCUUCAUCGUCAUCUCGUGUUUAUGAUGACAGAAAAACCUUUUCUGGAACUUUUUCAUAAAAUAUAUGGAACUUUACGUAUCCAAUACAUUUACUCAGACCGAAUCGCAAAUUCAAUGAACAUCUUUGUUAUCAGAUUUAGGUUUAGAUAUAAUAAGGAAAUAAGUCUCUGAGUUUUUUCUUAAUUGAGGUUUAAAGUCAAUUUGACAGGUUUUUAUCAGAUUGUAAAUAUGUAUUUAGGCUUUGUCAACCAAAUGUCGCCAAUAGUAACAAAUAGAGAACUGCUUUAAUCGUGUACAAAAACAUAUGAAUACGUUUCAUUUUUCAUUCAAGGAGAAUACCUGGAUGGAUGAAAUGUAUAUUUUCAGUCAUUUUAGUUGAAAUGCAACCAGUAUUACAAAAUGUUAUCUUGUUGUACAAACUUUAGUUUAGUCUUUUUCGUGUUGUGAAUAUUGCAAGGGUAAUUUACCGCAUGUAUUGCAUGACAUUGUAUCAUUAGAUGAGAUACUUGCCCAUCGACGAAUAUGUAGCAGCUAAUAAUUUAUUCAGCAAAUUACAAGGGAAUGCCACACGGACAGUAACCAUGGUAACAGGACAAAAUUGCUAUUUUUGCCUAACUUUUGUGUAGCAGGAAUCUGCAUUUUUUGUUCCUACUGAUUUAUGUAACUUCCUGUUGUAGGAUACGAUGAUGUACUUGCUAAUAAACGGAAAUUGUUGAAAAACUUUCUUUUCCAAUUUGUACACAUUCAAAGAUCAAAUACAUGUAGUAAAACAUCAUCAGUAAUAAAGUUACUCAAAAUUCUGUAUGUUUCAACAUUUCUUUAUCACCCAGCCCGUCAAUGUUGUUCAUUGAUUGCGUUAUGCUCUUUGAGGUGAAUAGUUGAAGACAUUAGUUGCAAAACAAAAUGUAUUUUUGUUAAAACAAUCGUUGUGCGCAUAUUUUCCCCGUGUGGUAUUGCCAAAAAAUGAAAUGUAACUCCUAGUCCGCAAACAGUAUUACUCUUUAUGAACUAUACUUGACGCAAGGAAUUGUUUAAUGUUUGUUAAGACUUGUUGUAAUAUUAAUGAAUUCAUUUGAACAAAAUGCAUCAAUAAAAACAAAUGUAUAGCCUAUUUUUUUCUUCAAAUCCAAGUGGUAAUGCAUCCACUUGUGUUGACAUUUGAAACUGUAGAUACUUAUGAUAAUGUGAUUGAUUAUUACAAGGCACUUUUUGUAGAGGAAAUUGAAUAGAUAAAUAAAAUGACGAAUAAAUAUACAAAUCAAUAAAUAAAUGAAUGGAUAAAAACAGUAAUAAUACAUUGACCAUACUUCAACUACCAAAAAACAAAUGGUAACCAUUUUUGUUGAUAUUAUUUUAUUCUUUGAUAUUAUAUACGGUCCAAAAACCAGAUCUUGCCUCAUUUUUGUAAGCUAUGAUUUGUAUGUUAAGUAAAGAAUAACAUUUCCAUUUACAUGUUUAAAAGUUUUAAAAAUACAUGUCUAGUCUUAUGGUACUGAUAAUAAAUCGUAAAUUAUUUGUACUAUUUUUAUCACUGGUAAAACUCUAAAUAAAGACUCUUCCUUUAGUUCUAAAA